CCACCCCCUCCACCUCUCCCAGGCUUUAGGGGCCCUCCACCUCCUCCACCUCUCCCUGGGAUGGGUGGUCCACCACCUCCUCCACCUCUCCCUGGGAUGGGUGGCCCUCCCCCUCCUCCUCUGCCGGGCGCUGGUCACACAGCCCUCAUCACGUCGACGUCGCUGCCAAGGUACUAUUCAGCGGCGCCGCGGACCACGCCCUCCUUCUACAACACGCUGCCGCGUCCCACGCAGAAGAUGAAGCACCUCAACUGGGCCAAGGUGAACGGCAACGUACUAAACAAUUCCAUGUGGCAGGACGUCCACAAGGACCUCCAGGCGUCGCCGCCGAAAGCGCUCAAUUUCUCUCAGAUCGAGGAACUCUUCUGCCAGGCGUCGAAGACUCCAGUCCAGAAGACCGAGAAGAAGAAAUCGACGGAGAUCACUUUGCUAGACCCGAAGAGAUCUCUCAACGUGAACAUCUUCAUGAAGCAGUUCAAGCAGUCUCACGCCGAGGUUGCGGCGCUCAUCCGGGACUGCAAGAGCACGGACAUCGGAACGGAAAGACUGCGAGGAUUCUUGAGAAUUCUGCCGGAGGACGAGGAGGUCAGCAUGAUCAAAGAUUUUAAUGGGGACGUAGAGAAGCUCGGCAAUGCAGAGCGCUUCUACUGGGAGUUAAUCAAAGUACCUCAGUACCAAGUGCGCCUUCAGGGAAUGAUCCAGAUGGAGGAAGUGAAACCGGCAGUGGACGAACUGAAGCCUCAGAUCUCGAUGAUAUUGAAGGUCUCAGAUCAGGUUUUGAGCAGCGAGAGCAUCAGGGAAUUCUUUGCUUAUAUCCUCACUGUCGGCAACUUCAUUAACAUGGGCAGCUACGCGGGCAACGCUCUUGGCUUCCGCCUCAACACCGUGUCCAAGCUGUGGGAGACGCGAGGCAACCGACCCGGUAUGACGCUGAUGCAUUACCUGGUCCAGUCCGCCCAGGACGAAGAGCUGGAGAUUCUGGACUUUACCGAGACUUUGGGUGACCUCAGUAAGGUUGCUAGAUUGUCUGUGGAUGGCCUAACGGGGGAGGUAACGACGCUGCGAGGGGACCACACACACCUCUGCAAAAGCCUCGAGAACGCGCCGGACGAUGUCACGGACCGUUUCAAAGACUUUGUAACCACUUCUGACGGAUUGCUGAAGGACCUCGAGCAGAGUCUGAAGGAAGUGGAGCGCUCGCGAGUGAAAUUGGCGCAGUACUUCUGUGAAGACGAGUCCAAGUUCAAGAUCGAGGAGUGCAUUGGCAUCUUCAACACCCUUUGCCUGAAAAUAGCAGAUGCAAGAAAGGACAACGAGGCGAGGAAGAAGCGAGAGGAGCGGAAGCGGCGCAUGGAGGCCGAGCGGAAGCGCGUGGAGGAGGAGCGGGCCAAGGCGGAGGCGGCGGGCGUCACCCUCAGGAAGAAGGGCGCGCCUCUACCGCCGCCCUCCGACUCGGGCGGAUGUGUGAUCGAUCGCCUGCUGGCAGACAUCAGGAAGGGAGACUUCAAGCUGAGGAAGAACCCCGUGUCGCCAGCCCCGGCGGUUACGGGCUGAAAUCGGCCGCUCGCCAGGAAACUUUAGUGAUUAAAAUUGUCUUUCUGAAAGGACUCGUCGAAAGAGGUGGAUCUGACAGUCAAGCAUUACAGUGGAAUUUGUAGUUCUACGACUUUGCAUAAAGAAAGAAACUGAAAGCCCAAACAAAAAUUUGCCGGUGAAAAAGGUGGUGCGCACCCACUGUAAAUUUAGGGAAGAAAGGGGGAAUGAAAGAGUGGAAUUUAUCUGAAUGAAGUUGAAAUUUGAAAGUAAUAAAAAUGUCAGAUAAUGAAAUAAGAUAGUUAGAUAAGGUUAAUCUGAUAUAUCUUGCCACAGUGUUAACAAUGAAGACGUUUUCCUUGAAAUUUGCAAAAAAAUAAAUAUUUUUGGGGCAGACCCCUUGACACUCCAGAUGUUAUACAUUCCUGAGUCACCAGGCGAAAAAAAUAACAAAAAAAAAAGUGUACUUAUGCUGCAGGGCUACACGCAUUGGUUGCCUUCUCUGCUGAAUUUAGGUCUUUCAGGUGCUAUUGUUAUUAUUUUGUAUAGUAAUAUGUUUUACUAAUCAUUGUUUCACUUUCCCUCCAAUAACAGGAAGAAAUAAUAAAAAAUUCCAGUGUUUCUUACAUGGAGCUUAUUUGUACGCUUAUAAAAGUGCCUUUACAAUAUUUAAAUACAUGGUGAUAUUGCUAAAUGUCAUUAUCUUUGUGAAAGGAACAAAUUGAAUAUAUAUGUUUCUUAUCAAA